CCAACCAUGAAAAUGCAAUGGCCUCAUUGGCAAAUUCUCACACGGAAGACUUGCCGUCUAUAUAUAACAACAGCCACUAAUCCCCAUAAUAACAACUUCGCAACAAUUUAUCAACCUUCUUCUGUUCCAUAUAUAAUCUCCAACAUGAAGCAAAAGAUAGUGAUCCACGUCGCCAUGAAUGGCCAGCAGCAUCGCUCCCAAUCUCUACUGUCCGCGGCAUGCUUUUCCAGGCCGAAUUCCCGGUCCAAAGCCCUGCAAAUCGCUGUUGGUUUACCAGGUGUGGAACAAGCAGCUUUAAGAGGAACGGAGAAGGACCAGAUAGAGGUGACAGGGGACAUGAUCGAUGCAGUUGAGCUAACAAAAUUGCUGAGAAAGAAAGUUGGAUAUGCAAACCUUAUCAGUGUAACUCCUGUUGGGGCAAAGAAAGAAGAUGAGAAAGAGAAGGCAACAAGGAUGCCUAUGUUUUGGUCAUAUGGGGUGCCUCAGGGCCAAGUCUAUGAAAUGAGAGAUCCAUAUUCUUGCUCCAUCCUGUGAUUUUCGAUUCAUAUUUGAAUAAGUAAUUAUAGAAAGAGGGAUUGCAUAUUGAUUAAUGUAAAUAUUGUGGAAAAUAAAGUCUACAGAUGCUUAUAAAAAAAAAAAAAAAAAAGAGUCUAUAGAUGCAUAGUAUAUAUUUUUAAAUCAGGUACUAAAUUUUUGUAACAUUAUUCUUCAUUUUCUUGUUUCAAAAAGAGCUGCUAAUAUAACGCUA